AAUUUUACCUAGCACAUGUGGCAGAGCAACAUUCUUAGGCUCCCCUGCAACAUUUGCAAGGAAUCUACAAUAAGGUCUACAGAAGAACCACCGACAAAUAGCUACGAAAGGAACAACUAUUACGAUCGCAGCAGUCGCCUGAACAAUUACCAGCCAACAACAACAACAACAACAACAACAGCAGCGUCAGCAAACGCCAACAGUAGCCCUUCUGCCAGCAGCGUAACAGGCACAGGAGGAACCACUGAUAGAUCGAGGAAUAGAGAUCGCCUGUACAGGAAUGGUUCAGCAGCCGCCCAAACGAACAACACUACGACAGCAGCCAGUAAUACGCAAUCGACAACAACGGCAGCGGCAACAGCAACAGCAGGAGCUGCGCCGACGCCGCCACAAGCGUUAGGUGAUCGUAGCAACAACAACAAUAUACAACAUCAUCAGAACACUCCUCGGGUGGUGGCACCGCAGUCAUGGUACGAAGCCGCCGCUGCUGCAACGGCCCAAUUAAAGAGUCCUGGUGGCAGUGGCAAUGCCGGCGCCUCAGCAGCUACUACCACAGCAGCAGCGACAGCAGCGGCAGCAGCAGCUACAACAGCCACAGCUCAAGGUACAGCCGGCGGCUUUGCAAUGAGCAGCUCACCGAUCAAUCACCAGCAUCAGCAGCACCAGCAGCAGCAGCCACAUCCUCCUCCGCAUCAUUUACAUUACAGCAGCGCCACCAGUGGAGCAGCGCCAUCCGUGGGAUGUGCCGCCACCGCAGCCGCCACCUCCGCCUCGUACUCAUCACCCGCCCAGGCGGCGACCACCGCCGUGCAUCGCAGUGUCGCCUAUGCGGGAAGUGCUGCGGAUGAUCGCGAUGCGAUGCGAUCAAGCAAGAGUCACCACAACCACCACCUCCACAACAACAGCAGCGGCGGCAGCCUCAGCGGCAGUAAACUCAAUAAGCUGCUGAAAGCGGGUGCAGCGACAGGACGCUGUGGCUCUGAAUCGCCAGGAGGAGCAGGAGGAGCAGGCGCAGCAGCAACUGCUGCAACGACGAUGACGAUGACGACGACAAGUACAAUCACAAACAAUAGUUUUAGUAAUAAUAGUUUAAAUAAUACAAUAACCACGGCAACUCCGACGAUGCCAACGAUUGCAUCUGAAUCUGUGUCUGCAUCUGCAUCCCCUGGAGGUGCCACAGCAGCAGGAGCAGUUGCAGUUGCAGAGGGUAGCAGCAGCGGCAGUGGCGGUGACAUUCUAAAUGUGGCCGCUGCCCUGGCAGCUGCCGUUGAUAAUGGGACGUCCACCUCGGCACUAGCAUCAGCGUCCGCCGCCUCCGCCGCCGCCUGCUCCCUAGCACUGACAUCAUCCUCGUCCACGUCGAGGCCACACCAGCGACACCAUCAUCACCAUCAUAAUCAUAAUCAUCAGCAUCAGCAUCAACUGCAUGGACGCAGCACCACCUCGUCAAGUCGGUCGCACUCGCGUUCGCCGAGCAGCUACAGCAGCUCCCACAGCUCCUCAUCAGCGUCGUCGCACUCAUCGUCACACUCGCACGCGUCCAGUCCGGUCCAGUCGGGCAUCCAAUGUGCAUCAGAUGGUCGUAGCAUCUCCCGCAGUCUCCAGUCGGUGGCUGUCAACAGCACUUCUUCAAAUCCCAGUGGCAAUGCUGGAGCCGUGGCCAUCCCUAGUGGCAGUGGCGGCGGCUGUGGUUCCAGUUCCAGCAGCAGCAGCAGCAGCUCGAGCAGCAGCAGCAGCGGCAGUGGCGGCGGCUCCUCCUCCUGCCUGGCUGUGAAUCCUGUGGUGCAUUCCGAAGACAAUCGCCCACUGGCGAUACGAGUACGCAACCUGCCCGCCCGUUCCUCGGACACAUCCCUCAAGGAUGGUCUCUUUCAUGAGUACAAAAAGCACGGCAAGGUCACGUGGGUGAAGGUCGUGGGCCAGAACUCGGAGCGCUAUGCCCUCGUCUGCUUCAAGAAGCCCGACGAUGUGGAGAAGGCCUUGGAGGUCUCCCACGACAAGCACUUUUUCGGCUGUAAAAUCGAGGUGGAGCCCUACCAGGGCUACGACGUCGAGGACAACGAGUUCCGCCCCUACGAGGCCGAGCUGGACGAAUACCAUCCCAAGUCCACGCGAACCCUGUUCAUCGGCAACCUGGAGAAGGACAUCACGGCCAGCGAGCUGCGCGUGCAUUUCGAGAGCUUCGGCGAGAUCAUCGAGAUCGACAUCAAGAAGCAGGGCCUCAACGCCUACGCCUUCUGUCAGUAUUCGGACAUUGUCUCGGUCGUGAAGGCCAUGCGCAAAAUGGACGGCGAGCAUCUGGGCAGCAAUCGCAUCAAGCUCGGCUUUGGCAAGUCCAUGCCCACCAACUGUGUGUGGAUCGACGGGGUGGGCGAGAAGGUCUCCGAGUCCUUUCUGCAGUCGCAGUUCACGCGCUUUGGCGCCGUCACCAAGGUGAGCAUUGAUCGCAUGCGGCAGCUGGCCUUGGUGCUGUACGAUCAGGUGCAGAAUGCUCAGGCGGCGGUCAAGGAUAUGCGCGGCACGAUCAUGCGUGGCAGGAAGCUGCAGGUGGACUUUGCCUCCAGGGAGUGCCAGGAUGCGUUCUAUGACAAGCAGGAGAAGCAGCAGCAGCAGCAGCAACAGAAUGCGGGUUCCUCUUCGCGUUUCAAUCGCUAUGAAUCCUCUACGGGCUCCUCCGCCUCCUCCGUGCAGCAGUCCAGGUCGCGUGCCUCCUCGUUUAGCCGCCAUCAGACAAACUCCAACGAUGGCUGCGAUACUGGCGGCAAUACGCCCACGAGCGGCGGUGGCAACAGCACACCUUCGGGCAGCUCUGCCAUGCCUGCGCCCAGCAUUGCCUCAGCCAUUGUGAGCAGCGGCAGCAGCAGCAGCGGUGCACCGGCAACAGCAACAGCCGCAGCAUCAGCAGCUGCUUCUGUGGCAGGCGCCUCCAGUGCCACACUGCCAUCUGUGGUGGGGAGCAGCAGCGGCAGCUGUGCGUCGUCGAUGCCGCCAAUGUCGCCGGCUGCCAUGGCGCAGGUAAGAAUGCGCAUGGCCAGGAGCGCGCGGCACACCAUUGACUUUGAUUUCAACGAUGUGGCGACACAGCGAAGAUUUCGCGCUGCUGCUGGCAACAUAGAGGAGCCGCACGACGAGGACACAGCCAGCACAGUGGGCAGUCGGUGCGAUUCGCCAGUGAUUGCUGCCCGUCUGGGCCCCGCACUCGGCGUUGGAGAAACUCCCAUGGAGGCGACGCUGAUGAACAGCAGCAGCGGCAGCAUAAGCUUGGGUGGAGCCAGUCGUAGACGUUGCGAACAACUCAUCCUCGAUGAAUGCCCGUCCAGUGGUGAUGAGGGGGGAGGCGUGGUCAGUCCCAGGAAGCGCAUCAAAAUGGAUUACCAUCACCUUCAUCAUCAUUCCAAUGCCUCAGGGCUGGUGGAUCCCUAUGCCUCCUCGGGGGACAAGCAGCAGCUGCAGCAGCAACCUUUGACCCUAUCCAACUGUGAUGUGAUACACGAUCCGCUCAAUCGCAAGAGCGAGAUCCGACGAGUGUCCGAGGCAUCGCCCAGCAGCAACAGCAUGAAGUUCCCUGGACACCAGCCACCGUCCUCCCUGAUGCUCAGCUGCCGCCGUCCGUCCAUUGAUGUGGGCUCCUUGACGGCGCUCUCGGCCAUUCGCCAUGGACUCUCGGACCAGCAACAUCAGCAGCAGCAACAGCAACAGCUGCAGCAGCUGCAUCAGCACAUGAUGAUUGCUUCGCUGGCCGCGAAGCGACGCCGUGUGGCGCCCAUGCAGCAGCCACCGACAAUGGGCAACAACAGCAGCUCUGGCGGCGGCCAGCUGCUGGGCGGAGGAGUCACUGGAGUGACGCCCAACGACGAGGCGUUCCAUCAUCAUGCCUCGCGAGGACGCGGCCAUCAGCUACAUUCCCAUCACUCGCACGAGGCCAGCGGCGGGGAGAGUGCGGACGGAUCGCGGCCGGGCACGCCCCUGUGCGAUGAGCGGCCCGAAGUGCUGCCCUCCGAGCCCCGACGCCUGCCCCCGCCGAGAGAACGGACGAGGGAGAGGGUCAGGGAGGUGAUGUGGCUGCCGAUGCCCAAGUUUGGCUACUCGUUCAUCCAGCAGCAUCGCAGCGGCCCUGGCAGCGGCAGUGGCGGAGGCAGCGGCAGCGGCUGCUCAUCGAGCAGUGUCUCCAGCUACCUGCUGGGAUGCUCCUCGGCAGCUGGUGGGCCCUCGUGCUCCUCCAGCGGCACCAACAGCAACAGCAACUCUAGUCUAAGCGGAGGACUUGGCAGUGGAUUGGGCACGGGAUCAUCAUCGGCCUUUCUGCCCAGCCCCUCCUCGCGCUACUGGCGAUCCUCCUCGCACCACUCGCACCAGCAUCACCAUCAUUCGCACCACUCGCAGCAGCAGCAGCAGCAGCAGCAGCAGCAGCAGUCGUCCUCGGGCUCCUCCUUGGGCCUGAUGGCCAGUCCGGCGCGUCCGCGCUCGCUGAGCUCCAACUCGAGCGACUCGGAUGUGCCUGGACAUGCCGGUGGGAGUCCCUCGCUGGACGAACGCCUCCGCAACUUUGAGGAGAACUACGAGCGAUGGUCCGGCGGCAGCAACACCCAGCAGCAGCAGCAGCAUCAACAGCAGCAGCAGCAGCAGCAGCAGACGAGCAGCAACACCAAUUCCAGCCACAGCCACAGUCAUAGCCACAGCCAUGGCCAACAGUCGAGCAGCACGACGCCCUCGUGGCAGCUGUCGAUGCACACGAAUCUGAGCGGCCUGAGCACGCAUCCGGCCAACUCGGGCAACAGCAACAGCUCCAGCGGCACGGCCUCCAGCUGCCACUCGGCGAGCAACUCGCGGCACAAGUUCCUCGACAUUGACGAGCUGCAGCCCUCGGAUAUCGUCAAGUCGCUGCUCGCCAAGAAGUCCAUCUUCGACGACGAUCUGCAGCGGCUGAAGAAGAACCAGUGGUACGAUCCGUGCAGCGCGGACUUUGCCAUCGGCUCCACCUCCAUGGGCUCCACGGCGACAGCAUCGCGGCAUGGCCUGUGCAGUGGCAACACCUCGCCAGCGCUGCUGCCCAAUCUGGCGGCCAUCAAGACGACGCCCAUCAUAGGCAACUGCACGCCGAUUCUGUCCAACUCCACGAGCUCCAACAAGACGACGAGCGGACUGCUCCAGCGACUGAGCAGCCUGUCGCCCAUGAACUCGCCUCAGGCCUCGAUGUCUCCCUACAACAGUCCCUCGCCCUCGCCAUCGGUGGGAGCGGCCACGCCAAGCGGACAACUGUCCGCGAAGCCCAUCGUUGGAUGCAGCAACAGCAGCAGCAGCAGCGGCAGCAGUGGUGCAGCAGCAGGAGGAGCAGCGAUUGCCACGGCAACGGCGGUCACCGCUGUCUCGGCUUCGGCAUCGCCAGCAGCCACCUCGGGCGCAACCAAAGGACUGCAGUAUCCGUUCCCCAGUCACCCGCCUUUGCCAAACACUGCGGCACCACCGCCAGCCGUGCAGCCAGCCCCACCACCACCGCCAGAAACGGUGAAGCAGCAGCAGCAGUCGGCAGCCAAGACUCCGCCACCAGCAGCCAAUGUCAGUCUGACAAAGAGUCUGAGUGUGCCCGCCGAGCCACUGGCUACGCAGUCGCCCAGCGCCAGGGCACAGCUGCAGAAGUCUGCCUCGGUGCCGGGCAGCACGAAUGUGGGGACAACAACUACCUCCAGCAAUGCACCCUCGAGCUCAUCCAAUUCUACAUCAUCGUCCAACGGUAACAGUUCCUCAGCAACAACAGCCACCACCACCACAACACAUGUACAAAAGUCCCAACAGCAACAGAACUGCAGCGAAGAGGAGCACAAGGGCAAGACAUCCUCCUCACACUCCUCCUCCUCCUCCCACUCGCAUUCGCACUCCCACAAGAAGAGCAGCAGCAGCAGCACGAACCGAUCCAACAGCUUGGAAAAGGCCCACAGCUCGAACCGAGCCAACAGCACGGACAAGUCCCACUCUGUGGACAAGCACAGCAGUGCGAACCGUUCCAACAGCACGGACAAGGCGAAUACCACAAACAGAUCGAACAGCUCAGACAAGUCCCACUCAACGACGACGACGGCGGCUACGGCAACGGCAACGACAUCGAACCGUUCGAACAGCGUGGACAAGUCGCACAGCGGACCAACGAACCGUUCGAACAGCACGGAUAGGUCCCACAGCAGCAGCAGCAGCAGCAGGCACAACAGCCGCUCGGAUGGUGGCGACAAAAAGGCUAAAAAGACCUCCGACAAGAGUUCGACUUCAACGUUAACACCUGGCGGCGACAAGCGCAAGAAUUCCGCAACAUCUCAAUCGUCCAAGUCGGCGACUCCACGCAUCGAAGACUCCACGGACACGGACGAUCCUGGGGAGCGAUCCGAGAAGGAGCAGCGUCAGGAGCGGGAAAAGGCGCACCAGAAGGAGCGCCACGAGAGGGAGAAGCGCAAGCACCAAGAGCGAGAGGAUAAAGAUAAGGACAAGGAGCGAAAGGCCCACCAUCAACCGGAGGACAAAGAAAAGGCCCACCAAGAACGGAAGGCGCACCACCAGGAGGAAAAGGAAAAAGAGCGCAAGGUCCAGCUGGAGGAGAAGGAGAAGGAGCGCAAGACCCAGCUGGAGGAGAAGGAGCGUGAGGAGCGCAAGGCCAAAGAAGAUAAGGAGAAGGAGCGCAAGGCUCAAGAAGAACGUGAGCAAAAGGAGCGUGAAGAAAGAGAGCAGCGAGAACAGGAGCAGCGAGAGCAGGAGAAACGAGAGCGAGAGCUGCGCGAAAAGGAGCAUCGGGAGAAGGAGCAUCGCGACCGGGAUCACCGAGAGAAGGAACAAUCCUCCCGGCGAUCCAUCUCGGACUCGGACCAAGAGUCCCGCAUGUCCCGCAUGCGCGAGAUGUCCUCAUACCACAAGAGCAAGACGGAUGCCAGCUCCGAGGCCAGCAGCUUCUACUCGCACAAUGUCACGCCCAGCGUGUCCUCCACUGAAUGCGAUCGGCAGCACAACAAAGAGAAUGCCGCCGAUGCAGCAGCAGUCGCACCCUCCUCGUGUCCGACGCCAGCGCAUGAUGGCAGCAAUGCCACUGCCGGCAAGGAUCGCUCGCGGAAAUCCUCCAGAAACUCUCCAGGUCCCCGCAUCCACAAGCGUCGCCUGAGCUCGCAGGAUAGCAACCACAGCGGCGGCAACGCAGGCGGCGGCGGUGGUCUGCACAAUCAUCACGACGACUAUGUGAAGCGGAUACGCAUGGAGAACCAUCAGAAUCCCAUACCCAGCCAGAACAGUCAGAGCAGCCAGAACCAGCGGCUCAACGAGCGUCACGACGUGGCCAAGGAGCAGCACAAGAGCAGCAACAGCAGCAGCUCGAAGGACUGCGACGCCAAGACAAACUCCAGUUCCUCGCACUCAAAGUCGCAUGGCAGUGGCGGCAGCUCUUCCUCCUCCUCGAAGCACCAUCGCAGGGAGAAGCAUCACUGCAAGAGCAUUGCCAGUGCCAGUGCUCCCUCCUCGAUGGAUGUCACAGCGAUGGCUGCGAUGGAGGCGAACUUCCCAAUAGCAGCAGCAGCAGCAGCAGCGGCAGCGGCAGCAUUCAAGCAGCAGCAACAGCUGCUCAACACCAGCGAGGAGGAGCAGCAGCAGGCACAGCCGCAGCCCAAGCGGGAGAAGGAGCGGGACCGAGAGAAGGGCGACAGGGAACACCAUCACCACAGCAGCAGCUCCUCCUCGCGCCACAAGAGCAAGCGAGAGCGUGAGCACCAUCGAGAGCAUCAUCGCGAGAAGAAGCGCCACUCGGUGGCCGAGUCCAUCCUCACCGAUGAGGAGCAGCAGCACCCGCAGCUCAUGCACGCGCAUCUCCAGCUUCACCAUCAGCAGGAGGAGCAGCAGCUGCAGCAGCAGGAGGAGCAUCAGGAGCACCAUCAUAAUCCACAUAGACGCACCUCAGCCACGGGCAGUGGCUCUGCGGGAGAGCUGAGCUCCGCUCCGACCAACACCUCCAGCGGCAAGGGCCAUCGGGAGGGUGGACACCAUCACCACCACCACCGCAGGAGGAGCGUGGACAGGAAGUCGUCGAGGGGCUCCGACGAGGGGCACCACUCCUCGAAAUCGUCGCGCAGCAAGCUGAUGAUGCUCAGCUCCGCGGACUCCGACGACACGGAUGAUGCCUCCAAGAAGCACUCGAUCUUCGACAUACCCGACGACUGCCCCAAUGUCUCGAUGUACGACAAGGUGAAGGCCAGAAGCUGCAAGAACAUGCAGCGGCAGGCGGAGGAGAAGAAGAUCAAGGCCAAGUUCUCGCAGCUGAAGCAGUCGCGGGCCAAGAAGAAGCGCUCCACCAGCUACGACGGCGACUCGGACACGGAGUUCGAGGAUCGCCACCACAGGAACAGCGGCAGCAGCAGCUUCCACGGCCGCCACAUUGGCCUGUCCAGCAGCGACGACGACGACGAUGAGGAUGAGAUGAUGCACAGCCACAACCAGAGCCGCAUAUUCUCCGAUUCGGAUGCGAGAUCCGAAGUGGAUCACGAGGCGGUGGCCAGUCGCGUGCUCCAGAUGCAGCAGAAUCUGCGCCGUCUGUGCGACGGGGACGACAGCUCCGAGGACGAGAUACGCAGGAACUUCACCAAGCACAAUCAGCACGGAAAGCGCAACUCCCACACGACGCGCAUUGCCUCCGAUUCGGAGUCGCAGUCGCAGCCCGGGGCACCCGAGAUGCUGCAGAUCAAGCAGGAGCCACAGCUGCAGGCAGACAUGGAGCUGGACAUGGAACUGGAACUGGACUCGGAGAUCAAGCAGGAGCAGCUGUCGGACGGGGGUGAGCCGAAGACAGAGUUCAAGUCGCGCCACGACUCCAACUCUUCGAUGGAGGAGCGCAAGCUGAAGACGGAGAUCAAGAAGGAGUAUGGCGAUUUCUACGCCUCUGCCGGCGGCUACUCCAAUGCCUACUCGGACUCUGGCACGGGCAAGAUCAAGGACUACUCCCCGGAGGCGCGCAAGAAGCACAAGAAGAGCAAGAAGCGCCUCAAGUCAUCCUCCUCCAGAGACGUGGAAGCCCAGCAGCAGCAGCAGCAGCAGCAGCAACCCCAGCCAUCCCUCGUUGUGUCCAUAGCCACGCCCUCGAUCUUCGAUGUGCACACAUCCGAUUUGAAGGGCAACAAGUUUGUGGACAGCUUUGAGGAUCUAAAGGUGGAACGGGAGCAGCGCGAGCGAGAGAGUGUCCUGCCCAUAUCGUUGGACAUUUCGGCGAGUGAGCGGCGCAAGCACAAGGAGCGCAAGGAGAAGAAGCGCGAGAAGCUGAGGAACCUCACUGCGGAAACGAACAGCGGCGGGAGCAGCGUCACCAACGCUGGAGCAGCCAUAGCAGCAGCAGCAACCAGCCAGGGAGCACCAGCCGCAGCAGUGGCAGCAACAGCAACGGCAACUGCUGUUCCACCUGUCAGCAGCAGCAGCAACGAGCUCGGCGAGAAGUUGGAGAAACUCUCCAAGGAGGAGCGACACCGCUUGAAAAAGUCCAAGAAGUCCAAGAGUCUGGACACCUCAUCCUCCUCCUCCUCCGCGAGGCUGUACAAUGCCUCCGCCGGCAGCAGCCUUGUGGCACCAGCGGCAGCAGCAGCAGCAGCCACAACAGCUGCCGCCUCGCCAGUGCCUGUGUCUGUGCCUGUGUCCCUGCCCAUUCCUGCCACGCCCAGCUCUGCGCCAGCUGUCUCGCGAGACAAGACGCGGGGCGAGGACAAGAUGGAGUUCAUCUUUGGCAUCAUCUCGGACGAGGAUGAGUCGCAGUUCACGGACGAGCAGCCAGAAGGCGGCGCCAAGGAGAUCUCCACGCGAGAACCGAUUGUGUCGGCAGCCCUGCAGACCUACAAACAGGAGCCACCAGCCACACCCACCUCGGCGAAGGUACAGGUGCAGGAGAACCAAUUGCCCAGCCAAGAGGAGCAGCCACCAGUGGAGAGAACCCGCCAGACGGGCGGCACUUCCUCCUCCUCCUCGCACGCGGACAGAGAGCGUCAUCGCAAGGAGAAGCGCGAGAAGAAGCGACGCGAAAAGUCCCAUCGACAGGCGGCGGCCCAGCAGCAAUCCACGUCCAAUGCCUCGAAAAUCGAGGACGACAACAGCGUGGACAUGGAUGAGGCGGGACGUGCCUUGGAGGCGCAACUGAUGGACGACUUUGACAGCAAGAUGAUGCCCGAUGAGGCCACCCCGUCGACGGCCAACACCUACAGAUCGGACAUGGCCGAUGUGUUCCGCUUCUCGGACAACGAGGACAACAACUCGGUGGAGCUGAAGCUGCCGGCGUCGAUGGACAAGCUCGGCAAGCAGCCGGCGGAGGAGCAGCACAAGAGCAAGGACAAGAAGAAGAAAAAGAAGCGCUCCAAGGAGGAGAAGCAGGAGAAGCUGCUGCGCAGGGAAUCAUUGCCGACGCCGGGCGCUGCUGCGGCUGUUUUGUCCGCUCCCCCGACGCCCGGCAAGCUGACGGUGAACGUUCAGGCAGCCGCCAAGCAUGCGGAGGAUCACAUGGACGCCAAGCAUCGCCCGGCAUCGCCGCCGCUGUGCAAGCCCUCGCCCAGUCUGCCCUGCCUCAUUGGCGACGAUGACGACGAGGAUGUGGCGCCCGCGAAGGUGGUGCCCGUGCAUCCCUCAGUCAGCCUGCCACCGAGCACGCCCACCACCAGCGCACGGGGCAGCGACAGCCUCACGCCAUCGCGCGAGAAGCCGCGCCUGAUCAGCCCCAUUCCCAAGACGCCGACCAUCACGAACAGCUCCAUGCUGUCCACACAGUCCGCAGAGACGCCAGUGAGCAGUGGAGCAGCGGCGGGUGCGAAUUCCUCGGCCCUGGCCACGACACCCACAUCCUCGACAACAGCCGCUGCGGCCGCCGCAGCAGCCUCCGCGGAGAGUUCUCCGACGAGUGCGGCCCUCGGGAAGAAGAAGGACAUCUUCAUUCCCGGCUUCGAUGGCCAGCUGGAUGACAGGAUCAGCGAGUCGGCGGUGCAGUCCAUCUCGGCGGAGUUCAACAGCGGCUCCCUGCUGGAUCCUCUGGGAGAUGAGCCCAAGAUACCGGUGGCCUCGCCCCCGGGCGCCACCAAACCUCUGGAUAAAAUGGAGGACAGCAAGUCGCGGGUGACCAUCUCCCAGGAGGAGACGGAGAGCGCCGUGUCGGCGCUGCUGGGCGAGAGCUUUGGCACCUCCUCGACGGCCGACUACUCGCUGGACGGCAUGGACGAGAGUGAAAUGGAGACGCCGGCCAUUGCGGUGGCCGAACCCGAUGAGGAGGCCGCCCUGGCGGCCAAGGCCAUCGAGGGAGCCGUCGAGGUGGAGCCACCAGCCAUUCUGGAAGACGAACCCGAGGCAGAACCAGCCACAGAAGCUGAAGCGGAAGCGGAAGCAGAGCCGCCGGUUGUGGUGGGCGCGGGAGGCGUCCUGGAUCCCGAUGAGAUCAACAAGGCGGUGCAGAGUCUGAAGCACGAGGACAUGAUGGACAUCAAGGCGGACACGCCGCAGUCGGAGCGAGAUCUGCAGAUCGACACGGACACCGAGGAGAAUCCCGACGAGGCAGACAGCAGCGGACCGAGCCUCAAGAUUGAUGAGACCGCUCAGAGCUCCUCCUCGCCCGAGAAGUCCAUGUCGAGCAGCAGGGAAGCGGCGGCCAAGCCAUCUCCACCCAAGGAGGAGAAGAAGGGUCCACCUUCGGUCAUCACAAAGCUGCCAUCUUUGGAGCAGCAGAAGCCACCAUCGGUGAUGAUCAGCGGCAGCUCCAUGACAUCUUCCCCCGCGAAGAUUGAGCCGCCGACAAUCAGCAAACUGCAGCAGCCGCUGGUGCAGCCCGUGCAGACGGUGCUGCCCGCACCCCCGGUGCUCCAGCCACCAACCGUGUCCGUAUCGAUAGCUCCUGCAGCGGCAGCAGCGGUGCCCGCAGCGGCACCUGCAACACACACGACUCCCACGCCCGUCAUCAAUCUGGAUCUGUCGAAUGUGAUGGGCAACUGCUCGAACAGCAGCAGCUCCGUCUCUCCCUCGAUCUCGUUCGGCAGUCCCACGCCCAGCCAGAGCAUUCCCUGCAUGCCGCAGGCCUCGACGCCCAAGCAGACGCCCCAACAGCUGGCCCUGCGCACGCAGUCGCUCAUCAUGCAGCCACCGACCAUCUCCAUACCGGAGCAGACGCCGCACUUCAUGGUUCCCCACAUGGUACUCUCCCCCCACCAUCCGCAGCAGCAGCAGCAACAGCAGCAGCAGCCGACGCCAGGAGGUUACAUGAUGGGCAUACGGGCACAGUCGCCACACAGUCCGCUGCUGUCGCCGGGACGAGGCGGACCGCCCAUCAAUCGAGUGGUGGGUCAACUGAGUCCUGCAGGUCGUCCCGUGCCAGGGGUGAACCAGCAGCAGCAGCAACAACAGCAGCAGCAACAUGCACUGAUGACAUCCCCGCAAGGCGGCAACAUGAGUCCGCUGGCCAGUCCCACGCAGCGUGUGGUGGCCAGCAACGCCACGUCACCCACCACGAGCAAGCCGAACAGCAGCUACCAGCCACGAGCACAGCCCCAACAGCAGCAGCAGCAGCAGCAACACCAGCAACAGCCAUCGCCCAAGUCGCUGAUGGAUCUGCAAUCGUCGCCACAACUGAUUCCCAUGCCCAUGCAGAAGAUGCCGCCGAUGCAGGUGCCACACCACCCGACAAUCAUCAGCAAGGUGGUGACAGUGCAGCCGCAGCAGGCCACCCAGUCCCAGGUGGCAAGCUCACCGCCUUUGGGCAGCCUGCCGCCGCACAAGAACCUGCACGUGAAUGCACAGCCACAGCCGUCACAUCACCAGGCGCAACAGCAACAGCAGCAGCAACAGUUGUCGCCGCAGAUGAUGUCCAAGAUGACGGCAGCGCAUCAGCAGCAUCAACAUCAGCAGCAAGUGCAUCAGUUUAUGCAUCAGCAGAUGAUGCAACGACAGCAGCAGCAGCAGCAGCAACAACAGCAGCAGCAUAUGCAGCAGCAACAGCAGCAACAUGGACAUCAGCAGUCGCAGCAGCAGCAACUGCAGCACCACGGACAGCAGCAUCAUCAGCUGCAGUUGACGCCCGCGCAACAGCAUCAGCUGCAGCAACAGACGGCACAGCAGCAGCACUUCCAGCAGCAGCAUCAGAUGAACCAGCAGCAACAGCAGCAGUUGAACCAACAGCAGCAGCAGGCCCAGCAGCAGCAACAUCAAGUGCAGGCACAGCAGCAGCAGCAGUUGAACCAACAGCAGGCGCUGCAAGCGCAGCAGUUGCACAUCCAGAAGCUGCAACAACAGAUACAACAACAUCCUUCCCAGCAGCAGCAGCCUCCACACUUGGGUCCGCCGCCACCGAUGUUUGCGCAGCAUCCGCCACGCGGCAUGCCGAACCAGCAGCAGCAGCAACAGCUGCCACACAGUCCGCCCUGCAAGCCAAACCCAUUGGUGCACAGUCCAUCAUUGCUGGUGAGAGUGCCACAGCCGCAGCAGCAGCAACAAUCGAUGCAGCAUCAACCCUCGCCAGGAGCCACGCAAAUGCCGCACCCAACGCCGCAGCUGAAUGUGAUUCAGAGUCCAAGCAACAAGCAGCAGAUGAUUGUCCAGCAGCACAUUGUGCCAGCGCCAGCGCCAGCAGGCCAGGGACAGGGACAAGCACCGAGCACAGCCAAUGCGAUUCACUACCCAACGCAGCAAACGACUGCAAAUCCGAAGGAGAACCCAGUGGAGAAGUCUCUGGCCAUCAAGACGUCGGAGAGUGUUUCGGUGAUUCGAACGCCGACACCCACGACCAGCGGCAGUCCGGCGAUAAUAUCACCAAAGGCGGCAGCCAGCGCCACCUCAUCGCUGCUGACGGAGGAGAAUCUCAUCAAGAUAUCGCAGCCCAAGCAGGAUGAGCUCAUCGAGCAGGACUCCAAGGAGGUGGACAGCGACUAUUGGUCCGCCAAGGAGGUGAACAUCGACAGUGUGAUCAAGAAGCUGGACCCGCCCGCCGUCAUCAAGGAGGAGAAGCGUUCGCCCAUCGAAAAGCCAAUGCCGCCGACAGUCGCUCCACCUGUGGAGCUGCCACCAGUGGAGACACCAGUGGCAACACCAGCUCCCGCUCCAGCUCCUGCUCCUGCUGCUCCUCUGCCAGCUGCCACCGUCAACAGUUCGGUGAACGAUCACGACACGGAGGACGAGACGGAGACACGGCAGAUGCCGCCGAAGCCCAGCACUCCGACUGUGGGCAGGCCGCCGGGUCGUGGAGGCGCCAGCAAGCGCGGCCGACAGCCGCGUGGUGCCAAGAAGCAGGGAGGACUCCCGCUGACCACGCCAGGCGCUGCACCAGGCGCAGAUGCUGGCCUGGGCAUCACUCCCGGCGACAAUGGCGUGCAGACGCGUCUGAGGAAGCCGGUGACGGCGCCUGUGACACGCGGCCGGAAGGGUCGUCCGCCCAGGAAUCUCCUGAUGCAGCAGCAGCAGCUCCAACAGCAGCAACUCGCCCAGCAGCAGCAGAAGUCCAUGGAAAUGGCGACACCCACACCCACGGCAGCAGCUGUUGCCGCGGUGACGCCCACUCCGGUGCCGACGGCCGCGGAGAAGAAGGCCCGGAAUCAGGCGCUGACUCAGGCGACUCCGCCCGGUGUGUCUAGGUCCAGCCAGGACAUCUAUGAGUUUAACGAUGACUCCGGAGAGGCGGAGCCCAAGCCGAAGAUUGCGGCUGUGGUGCCGCCAGUGGAGGAUCAGCGGCCGCGUCUCAUUCUGACAAUCAACAAGGCGCAGCCGUCGAUUAAGAGCAGCACCGAAGUGGAGCCACCAGCAGCGCAGGCGCCACAGCCACAGGCAGAGGCACAAGCACAGUCGCAGCCGCAGCCACAGCAGCAGCCACAAUCCCUGCCCCACAACGAUGCCAUCAUCAGCGACAACUCGAGCGAGUCGAGCAACACGCGCAAGUCGCGCCGCCUGCAGGAGAAGGAGGAUCGCAGCACAGUGGAUGACAUCAUCGAGGAUGUGGUGCGCAAUACCAACACCCAAAUGGCCGCAGGACUCGUCCAGCAGCUGCCGAAGGGCGCUCAGACGCCUCCACGCCGCUCCGGACGCAAUGCACAGACGAAGAAAGCGGAUCUGGUGAGCACCACCAAUGCUGUGGGUCGUCCGCGACGCUCCAAGGACAGGAAGACCAUCUCGGAGCCGCUGUCGAGCCUGAUGGAGGACUCGUCGCAGUCCUCGUCGCCCGCACCGCCUGCGACUCCCAUUCUGCACGCUCCCGAGCAGCCGCACAUGCCGCAGCUGGACAGCAAGGAGAUUGAAGCCACCACAGCCACGCCAACUGCUGUUCCCUCGGUUCCCGUGCCUGUGCCUGUUCCUGUUCCUGCUGCAGUGCCAGUGAUGCCCGUGCCGAAGCCCACGAUACCGCAGCAUCCCAAGAAGAAGGCGAUUGCCGCAGCGGAGAUCGAAUCGUAUCAGGCCAUCAACUCGUCGAUACCCAGCGGCGGGCUGCCCAUGCAUCAGACAGCAGCGCCGGCAGCCACGCAGAAGAUCACUGGCGGAGCAGCGGAUGCCGUGAGCAAGGCACUGGUGGAUCCCGUCACGGGUGUCAUCACCGCGGGAAUGCCACAGGGCAAGGAAGGCAACCUGCCGGCAGCAACAGCUGCAGCACCCACCAACAGCAGCAGCAGUGAGGCGGCACCACAGAUGCAGCAGCAUCAGCAGCAGCAACACCAGCAUCAGCAGCAGCAGCAGCAGCAUCAACAGCAGCAGCAGCAGCAACAGCCGCUGCCACAGCAGCAGAUCAAUGCCACAGUUUUGGCUCCAGCUACGGCGGCGCCCAUCACGGCGCUCGGCGGCAACAAAGCCGUGCAGCUGGAGGCAGCUGCUGCAGCGGCACUGCUGAACAAGCCCGUCAGCGUGUUGGUCAAGGGCAAUGCCAAUGCCUCACCUUUGAUGCAGCAGGGACAACCGCAGUUGGUGGCGCCACCGAAGCAGCAACCGAUUGUGCUGCAGCAGAACCCAUUGCCCACGGUGUUGCAGCAUGCGCAGCUGAGCAGCGUGCGGCCACCGCAGCCACUGAAGGCGCAUGUCCUGAACAGGGAGAAGAAUCUCCAGCAGCAGCAGCAGCAGCAGCAGCUGACGCCCACCAAGCAGCCCACGGUUGCGGGGCACAUGCUGCUCACAGAUGCCGCUGGGAAUCAGCUGAUGCAGCCGCAAAUCAUAGCACGACACCUGCAACAGCAGCAGCAGCAGCAUCUGCUGGUGAAUGUGCCACCACCAUCGGCACACUCUCCGCAUUCCCCGAGGAUUCAGGGACAGCAGCAGCAGCAGCAGCAACACCAGCAGCAGCAGCAGAUGGGAGCAGCUGCACCCAUGCCACAGCAGCAGCAGCAGCAGACGCUCGUCAUCAAGCAGGCCACAUCUGCAGCACCGCCGCAGAUUCUGCAUGUGGUGAGCUCGAAGGCUUCAGUGGUGCCGCAGGCGCAGCCACAGCAGCCACUGCCACCCGCCGCCUCGGCGACCGGACACAUGCAGCAGCUGGGAAAGCCCAACUUUGGCUACGUGCCCACCGUCCUGCCAUCUGCCACAUCCGCGGCAGCAGUCGCGCAGCAUCAGCAUCAGCUGUACAAGCCACCCAACCAGCAGAAGACUGCACCGCCGCAGGGCGUGCAAGUGCAGCUGCCGCCGCAUGGGCUGCCCAUGCUGCCCAACCAUCCAGGAUUGCUGCUGCAGCAGAAGGCCCCCGCGCAUCUGCAGCCGCAGCAGCAUCAGUUGACGCCCUCGCCGCCGCCCGGCAAGCCGAAUCCCGUGGUGCACAGCCUGCAGGUGCAGGCAGGACAGAUGAUGCCAGGCAGUGUGGGCAGUCCGCCGCCCGUCUCCGUGGCCGCGGUGCUCAAGUCGGCGCAGCAGCAGGCUAACUCGGCAGCAGCAGCAGCAGCAGCAGCGGUGUUGCGCACAGCCAUACCCAACAUCAGUCCGCAGGGACAGCCGCGGGUUUCCCCACUGGUGCUGCCGCCAGGCAUGCCGGGAGUGCCGCCGUUCGAUACGAGUCUGCAUGAUCUGGGUGCCUAUGUCAGCGGACGACGCACCCAGAGCCCGCCGCCGGCCCAUCAGCAGGCAUCGCCCAUAACACCGAACGAUGCCACGUAUCGAGGUGUGGCUGCCUCCAGGGACUUUAUGCUCUAUCAGCACCAUCUGAUGCGCAGCGGCGACUACGACGACAAGAUGAUCAGCAACAGUCCGCCGUUGGAGCUGCGGCGACCAGGCAGCGGGCCACCGCGCACCAUUGCCGUGCCACACAGCAUGCAGAGUCCACAGGAUCGCACAGCAGCGGACUCCCCACAAAUGGCGCAGGUCUAUGUGCACAAUGCACGCAUUCCCCAUGCCCACUUCAGCGACAUGGCCACGCGGGCGGGCUACUACGAGAGCGGCGGCAUACAGCUGGAGCCGCCGCCAGCCCAUCGACCAGCGGCCUCCAUCAGCGUGGUGGUGCCGCCACCGCCUGUCGGAGCGAGCGUCAGUCCGUUCCUCAGUCGUGACGGCAGCCUGCAGCUGGAGGAUCGCGAGAGGGAGAUGGAGCGCAUGUCCAUGAUCGCAGCAGUCGUCAAGCAGCAGCAGGAGCAAAUGCCAGCUGCGGUUCUGCACGCUGGCAUGGAGCUGGCCGCCGCCCAACAGCAGGCACCGCCAGCCAUGGCCCCGCCGCCGGGUGACUCGCUCGUGACGCUGCUGCAACGCUAUCCCGUGAUGUGGCAGGGAUUGCUGGCCCUCAAGACGGACCAGGCUGCCGUUCAAAUGCACUUCGUGCACGGCAACCCGAAUGUGGCGCGUGCCUCGCUGCCGAGCCUGGCGGAGAGCAGCACGCCGCUGCUGCGAAUUGCCCAGCGUAUGCGCUUGGAGCAGACGCAGCUGGAGGGAGUGGCCAAGAAGAUGCAGGUGGACAAGGAGCACUGCAUGUUGCUGGCCCUGCCUUGCGGCCGAGACCAUGCCGAUGUGCUGCAGCACUCGAGGAACCUACAGACCGGAUUCAUCACCUAUCUGCAACAGAAAAUGGCCGCCGGCAUUGUGAACAUACCCAUACCGGGCAGUGAGCAGGCCGCCUACGUGGUGCACAUCUUCCCGGCCUGCGACUUUGCCAACGAGAACCUGGAGCGUGCCGCUCCGGAUCUCAAGAAUCGUGUGGCCGAGUUGGCACACCUCCUGAUUGUCAUAGCCACUGUCUAAGCGACUGGCAGUGGCUGCACCACCCGACUCUGACUAUGUAAAACUCCAGGAUGCGACACCUCACCCAGACUCAGACAUAAACAGAAAGCCCCACAAGAACUACCAGAGACAACCAACAAAACCAACAAAACAAGUUACGCUCUUCUAGUAUUUUAAGUAAUUUUAAAUAGCGGUUAAACAAGCAAAAGUUUAAAAAAGCAAAAAGCAAAGCAAAAAUAACUUCAAGAAGCAGAAUCACAUGCAAACUUUAUUGAAUAAAUAAAUGCAAGCAACGAGAGAUGAGAAUAUGUAUCUAAAGAGGAAUGAAGAAUGUCCAACAAAACAGAACUCAAGCAAAGCGAAAAGCGAAAAGAUCCCUUCCGCAACCACUUGUACACUUUGAAGGCAAAAGCAAACGCAAAAGCGAAACACGAUGAAAAUAUAUUUGUCUAAAUUUAAUUAUUUAACCUUCCUCUAAUUUAAUCCUUUAAAAGAAAAGCAAAAACAAAAAGAAAAUGAAAAGAAAAAGAAAAGAAAAGCUUGCAAAGUAUCGUUAAGUUUGAUCUCAAGAAAAGAAAGUUUUAUUUUUUGCUUAAUUUAAAAUGAAAGAAAACGUAAGAAAAAACAAACAAACAAACACAACAACAAGAACACACAUACACACACACACAAGCAAAUGUUAAACGAAAAAAAGCUUAAAACAUGAUAACUGUUUACUGUACUAUGCAUACUACUACCCAUACCAUACCCAUACCAAUACCAAUACCAUACCAUACCAUACAUAAUAUGAAUAUCCGAUUCUAUCAACCCCAAAUACCCCUCUCUAGCCUAACACGUUUAAGUUUUUUGAUUGGUGACUACUUCAAGGGUCCCGUCCCGUACAGCGCCCCAAAUACUUUUUACACAUCUUACAAAGUUUCCGCCAGAAAGAAAGUCCCAGAAUUUGUUGUUGAUUUUUCCAUUCAUCGGUUCAUUGGCUCCAUGGAAGGCCCUGGAAGAAAGGCCUGGCAUGGACCCAAGUACCCAGAUCGAGCGCCCAAGAACCAACCAACCUACCUGUCUGGUGUGGUCUGAUCUGUCGCCAAUGCUGUUUGAAGCACAAUUAGGUUUAAAGAUGCGCCCAGAGGCUUUUCCUACGAUUACAUACACACGUAUACAUUACAUUAUAUUACCAUACACAUACACACGUACACAACAUAUACACAUACACUACGAGUAUAUAGAGCGUAUUUAAUUAUAAACGAAUAUGUGUUAAGCCAAAUAUUUUAAAGUUUAGAGAGAGACUAGUUUUGUGUCGGAUUUCCUCCGCUCUGCACCAGAGCACCACCUUAUUUAACACCAAAAUCCCCGCAACGGGGGGUCCUUCCGGACUCUCGUCGUUGCGGGUCUUUUAGUGCGAACAUUUAUUUCUGUUGGAUCUUUUUUUGGUUUUGUCGAUACUACAUUACAACACCACCACUGCCACAACACUAAAACACACUGGACUAAAUCUAAAUCGAGGCGUUUCGUUCCGCUGUCCCUUGUCCCAGAUAUUUCAAUUGAUCAAUUUACAUUUAGUUUGUGCGCGUGAAACUUUGCAAGAUGAUAGUUUAAGGACCGGGGGUGCUGGGCCGGGGGGACCCUCUUUAUACCCUCAUAAGCCCAAUGCUGACACAUACACAGACCUAAACAUACCCACGACACCAUAUGCUAUACAAUAAACAAUAUAGUACUACCCUCUCUGUACACUCCUUAAACUUAAACGUACGUUUUCACGCCCACUUGUAAAUUAUGUGACGACAACAAGCAGAUGACACAAGAAGAAGAAACAGAAAAGAUAACAAGAAAAUGCAAAACAAAAACAAAAGCGAAAACAAAAAAAGAAAAGAAAAGAAAACAAAACAAAACACAACUGUAAAAUAUUUAAAUUAUUUAGAAUCUAACACAGAUAUAUGAAAUGUAAAUACAGUUUAAUUAGUGUUUAGCGCGUAUUUAGUUGUAUGUUUUAAAACUAAACUAAAGAGAAACUGUACAUUAUAUAACACAACUAAUGAUACGAAAGCAAAAACAAACACAAACACGAAACGAUCGAGAUCAGAUCAGAGAAAGAGAUGAGAUCAGAUCCGAUCAGAUCCGAUGAGAUCAUACAGAAACAGAUAAACAGAAAGUAAAACAAAUAAUAACAAAUUUCAAACAGAUACGAAGCGCUGUUCAACAUAUGUUUAUGUAUAAGUUGUAUGUUUUAAGCCACUUUUUAGUUAUUUCCUAAGUUAAUUUGAAGAAAAACGAUUAAAUUACACUUAUUUCUUAC